AUGUUCCGUCUCCACCCCCAGCUCUCCAAAUUCGUGACUACAUCGGUCGCCCGGCGAUUCUCUACCGUGGGGAAGCCCAUCGAAUGCUUCUCGGCCGUGGCGUGGAAGCCCGAGACAGACUUUUCCAAACCUGCCGUUUCUCUGGAGAAGAUCAUCGUGGCCCCCCCGGCGGAGAAUGAGGUGCGCAUUCGUAUUGAUUAUUCGACCCUCUGCGGAACGGACUUGCAGGCUGCGGCGGGAAAGGACAAUGAGGCUCACUUUCCUUUUGUUCCAGGACAUGAGUCGGCAGGUACGGUGGAGUCGAUUGGGCCCGGAGUCACCACGGUGAAGCCCGGCGACAAGGUGAUUCCAUGCUACCAGGCCCAAUGCUUUGCCGACGACUUGUCAAAGGAUCAGUGUCCUCGAUGCCGAGGUUAUCGCAAGGGCAAAACCAACCUUUGCGGUAAAGUCCGAGGCUUCACCGGUGCAGGUGUGAUGCGUGCUGGCGGUGUCCGUUUCCAAGGAGCGGAGGGCCAACAAGAGCUUCAUCACUUCAUGGGUAUCAGCUGCUUUUCUCAGUACACCGUGAUCCACGAGGAAAGUGCUGGUAAGAUUCGCGAUGACUCGCCUUUGUCGAAGGCACCAUUGCUUGCCUGUGCCCUCCCGACUGGAUUUGGUGCCGUCAUGAACACAGCCAAAGUGGAAGCCGGGUCCAUCGUUGCUGUCUUCGGGCUCGGGACAGUGGGACUCUCAAUCAUUGAGGCAUGCAAGCGUGUUGGUGCCACGAGGAUCAUCGCCAUCGACACUAACCCUGAGAAAUUCGAGCGCGCUCUGGCCUGGGGCGCCACCGAUACUGUGAAUCCCAAGGAACAUGACGGUCCAAUACAAGACAUCAUUAUCAAAAUGACAAACGGCGGUGUGGAUUAUUCGUUCGAGGCGACCGGCUCAGUGGACGUCAUGCGUGCAGCGCUAGAGUGUGCUCAUAUCGGAUGGGGAAAGAGUGUAGUCGUGGGUGUUGCAGCAGGCGGAGCAGAAAUCUCGACCCGUCCCUUCCAGCUGGUGACAGGGCGCACUUGGACUGGCACCGCUUUUGGUGGUUUCCGCGGUCGCGAGGGUGUUGCGCAACUCAUGGAUGAUUACAUGGAUGGGAAGUUUGACAUUGAUCCGUACAUCACGCACAACGUGCCGUUGCGAGACAUCAACGAAGCUUUUCGCUUACUCCGUGCGGGAGAGAGUCUCCGGACAAUCAUCUGGAUGCAUGAAGAUCCUCCGCACAUUGGUGCCGUCCCCGCAUGA